AUGGUACCCAUGGUGCCGGUGGUGCCGGUGGAGCCGGUUGUCCGGGUAGUCACGUCCGAUUACUGGGUGGACCAGGCUUCGCUGAAGCUUGGGCAGGCGCGAAAAGUGUGGAACGACCUGGCAUUUGACGUCGGGCUGAUUCAGCAGCAGAUUGGGAAAAUCUUCCGACGCCUGGAGUUGCUUCCGGCCUCGGGAAGGUUGCAAAAACAGUACGAGGAGGUCAUACAGCAGGACCUCCAGUUUGAAUUGUUUGCCAAGCGGCAGAAGCUCGGCUUGAAAGUGGACAUGCACACCAUGAUUGUGCCCAAGGCCACUGUGCGCCAGGCUGCAGCAAUUGCUGCAAAGGACAUGGAGCCACCGCCCGAAUUCAAGCAGUUGGGACCGCCUGCCUCAAGAUACGAAGCUGUCAAGCCGAUCGAGACUGCCAUCACACGGCACAAGGCUUUUGCCCAGGAGGCCAAGAAGGCUGCCAUGGGGCAGAUUCUCAUUGAAGCCGCAAUGUCUGUGCCAACUGCGAAGGCAGACAUGGGAAAGCUCCUGAUGAGCGCCGCAAUGCGCGGCGCGUAG